AUGGCGUCGCAGCAGGCGCAGGGCGCCCUGGGCGUCCUCGGCGGCGCCGUGCUCGAAAAGGGCGCGCGCGGCGGCUGGGGCACGCGCUACCUGACGCUGCAGGUCGGCGACGAGAUCCCCGACUUUAGCGCGGACUCGUCCGUGGGCAAGUUCACGUACCACGACAUGGUCGACGGCGUCUGGUCCGUGCUCGUCACGUUCCCCGGCGACCGCGAGGCCGUCGCGACGACGGAGAUGGGCCAGCUGAGCAAGCUCCGCGACGAGUUCGAGGCGCGCAACGUGCGCGUCAUGGGCGUGUCCUGCAACACCAAGUACCGCCACCGCGAGUGGAUCGCCGCCGUCGAGGACAUCGAGGGCUGCAAGGUCGCGUUCCCGCUCAUCAGCGACGCGGACGCGGAGAUCUCCGCGAAGCUGGGCCUCGUGAAGCACGACUGGAAGAAGCGCAACUUCCCCUCGGCCAAGGCGGCCCUCGUGCCCGCGACGCUCGUCGUCAUCUGCGACAUCGACAAGCGCGUCCGCCUCACGAUGCAGUACCCGACGACGACGGGCCGCAACUUCUACGAGGUGCUGCGCGCCGUCGACACGGUCCAGCUGUCCCUCUUCCACCAGGUCGCGACGCCCGCGAACUGGAACCAGGGCGAGGACGUCUUCAUCGGCCCGAAGCUCUCCCGCGUCGCCGCGCAGUCCGCGUUCCCCAAGGGCAUGGUCGAGCAGCGGCCCUGGUACCGCACGACGCCCCAGCCCGACAUCUUCGGGUAA